UCGUCGUUGUCCUUCCCUUAGCUCGACCCAAAGCUAUGGCGCCUGCGCGGCCCGGCCACCGCCGCCGCCACCAAAUCCUCUUCUUCUUCCUCCUCCUUGCCGUCGAGCCGCUCGCUGCGUUGGCGCAGAAAGAGACGGAGGCUGACGCCCUGCUUGAAAUCAAAGCGGCCGUCUCCGACCCCUCCCUUGUGCUCUCCGCCUGGAACUCCUCCUCCGGCGACGGACAUUGUUCGUGGCCAGGAGUCACCUGUGACCCUCUCCAGGCCUUCGUCGAGUCCCUCGAUCUGACUGGACUCAACCUCUCAGGCGUGCUCUCACCCGCCGUCGGACGCCUCGGCCACCUCCUCAAUCUCUCCGCCGCCUCGAACUCAUUCUCCGGCCCCAUCCCUUCCGAGCUCUCUCGCCUGGUAAGCCUCCGCCAUCUCAAUCUCUCCAACAAUAUUUUCAAUGGAACCUUCCCGUCCUCCCUUGCCCGCCUCAAGAACCUCGUCGUCCUCGACCUCUACAACAAUAACCUCACCGGCCCCCUCCCGACGGAAGUAUCCGAGCUUCCCAACCUCCGCCACCUCCAUCUAGGAGGCAACUUCUUCACCGGCAUCAUCCCGCCGGAGUUUGGUCGUUGGGAGUUCCUCGAGUAUCUAGCCGUUUCCGGCAACGAACUCGUGGGAUCCCUGCCGCGGGAAAUCGGUAAUCUCACCCGUCUCCGGCAGCUCUACGUUGGUUAUUUCAACAGCUUUGAGGGCGGCAUCCCGCCGGAGAUUGGUGGGCUAUCGUCGCUCGUUCGUCUCGACAUGGCCAACUGCGGCCUGACAGGGGAAAUCCCACCGGAGCUCGGGAACCUCCGGAACCUUGACACGCUGUUCCUCCAGGUGAACGGCCUCUCGAACAAUCUUCCCCCGGAGAUCGGCCGCCUAGGCAGCCUCAAGUCGAUGGAUCUCUCCAACAAUGCCCUCUCCGGCGAGAUCCCAUCUACCUUCGCGGAGCUCCGCAAUCUGACCCUGCUCAAUCUGUUCCGCAACAAACUCCAUGGGUCGAUCCCGGACUUCCUCGGCGACCUGCCGGCUCUGGAGGUGCUCCAGCUAUGGGAGAACAACUUCACCGGCAAUAUUCCCCGACGGCUUGGGCAGAGUGGGCGUCUGCAGAUCCUCGACAUAUCAUCGAACAAGCUUACCGGAACGCUACCGCCGGACCUCUGUUCGGAGAACCGCCUACAAACCCUAAUCGCCCUCGGCAACUUCCUUUUCGGCCCCAUUCCAGAGACCCUCAGCACGUGCAAAUCACUAGCCAGGAUUCGAAUGGGGGAGAACUACCUCAACGGAUCCAUCCCCGAUGUCCUGUUCAGUUUGCCGAAACUCUCACAAAUCGAGCUCCAGGACAAUAUCCUCACCGGUGGGUUCCCGGACACCGGCGCCGCUGCCAUCUCGCCGGACCUAGGGCAGAUUAACCUCUCCAACAACAGGCUUUCGGGGUCUCUUCCGCCGUCCAUAGGAAACUUCUCCGGCCUCCAGAAGCUCCUCUUGAACCAGAACCAGUUUUCUGGCCGCAUCCCUCCGGAGAUUGGGUUGUUGCAGGAACUCUCCAAGGUGGACUUCAGCGGCAACCGCUUCUCCGGCCAGAUGGAGCCGGAAAUAAGCCACUGCAAGCUCUUAACUUUCGUCGACCUCAGCCGCAACGAGCUCUCCGGGGAGAUUCCACCGGAGAUUUCCGGAAUGCGAAUCUUGAACUACCUCAAUUUAUCGAGAAACCAUCUCGAGGGGAGUAUUCCUCAGUCGAUCGGCACGAUGCAGAGCCUCACGGCGGUCGAUUUCUCUUACAACAAUCUCUCUGGUCCAGUCCCUUCCGCCGGGCAGUUCAGUUACUUCAAUGCGAGCUCAUUUGUGGGGAAUCCAGAUCUCUGCGGUCCUUACCUUGUCUCCUGUAGCCCCACCAUUAACGGCGGCAACUCCAGUCAUCCAAAGGGGCCGCUUCCAGCCUCCUUCAAGAUGCUCCUGGUCAUCGCUCUCCUCGUCUGUUCCAUCGUCUUCUCCAUCGCCGCCAUUAUCAAGGCCUGGUCUCUAAAGAAAGCUAGCGAGGCCCGGAUGUGGCGUCUCACCGCCUUCCAGCGCCUCGAUUUCACCUGUGACGACGUCCUCGACUGUCUCAAGGAGGAGAACAUCAUCGGCAAAGGUGGCGCUGGGAUCGUGUUCAAGGGCAUAAUGCCCAAUGGCGAGCAGGUGGCGGUGAAGCGGCUCCCGGCAAUGACCCGUGGGUCGCCGCACGACCACGGAUUCUCGGCGGAGAUUCAAACGCUCGGCCGGAUUCGUCACCGCCACAUCGUGAGGCUGCUCGGCUUCUGUUCCAAUCACGAGACCAAUCUGCUGGUGUACGAGUACAUGCCCAAUGGGAGCCUCGGCGAGGUCCUCCACGGGACCAAGGGCGGCCACCUGCUCUGGGACACCCGGUACAAGAUCGCCGUCGAUGCGGCGAAGGGACUCUGCUAUCUCCAUCACGACUGCUCGCCGCUCAUCCUCCACCGCGACGUCAAGUCCAACAACAUUCUCCUCGACUCCAACUUCGAAGCCCACGUGGCGGACUUCGGCCUCGCGAAGUUCUUGCAGGAUUCCGGCACCUCCGAGUACAUGUCGGCCAUCGCCGGCUCCUACGGCUACAUUGCUCCAGAGUACGCAUACACGUUGAAGGUGGACGAGAAGAGCGACGUGUACAGCUUCGGGGUGGUGCUUCUGGAGCUGGUGACCGGCCGGAGGCCGGUGGGGGAGUUCGGCGACGGAGUGGACAUCGUGCAGUGGGUUCGGAAAAUGACGGGCUCCAUCAAGGAGGCAGUGCUGAAGGUUACAGAUCCUCGGAUCCCUGCGGUUCCUCUGGACGAGAUCAUGCACGUCUUCUACGUCGCCAUGCUCUGCGUCGAAGAGCAGAGCGUGGAACGGCCGACCAUGAGGGAGGUGGUUCAAAUCCUAAUGGAUCUUCCGAGACCGGGAGCUGCACCGGCGAUCAAGGACGAAGAAUCACGGAGCUCGCCGCCGCCGGAUCUCCUGAGCAUUUGAAGUGCAGCUGUGGUUAAGUAAAAUUUUGCGCCGUGGUUGCGCCAUGAGCCUUCCCGUGGGUUCCUUCCUUUCCUGUACAGCUCUUGUAAGUUGUGGUGAUGGUUGGUGGUUGUUUAAGGUGGAGUUCCUUUUGGCUCUUAAUGCUGCUGGUAGUCCAGCUAAUUAAUUCUCUACUUGUGUAAGUUGUGGAAUUUUAUCAGGUAAAAGAAAUGGUAAAGCCGUAAAGGUAGUUUGUUUC